CCAAAUUCUGCAACAAGAUGACAUCUGUAUCUGGUUGGGCUGUUCUUCUGCUGCUGAUAUCAACACUAAACCCACAAAUGAAAAUAUGCAAGCAUGAAAGAUUAUUUUUGCAAGAGUAUAAACAAAUCUUUCUAUCAAUAUUUCCGGAUAAGCUGAACGUGCGAUAUUUAAAUAAUUUGAGCAAAUAAGCGUGAAUAUUAUAUAUGUAUGCGCGUGCCUACAAAGAUGACAAAAGAGACGGAGAAAAAAACGAUGCAUCGGAAACAUUAUGGCAACAUAACAUUUGAGACAAUAUAAACCUAGAACCAAAGCUUUUCGCGCAUAAAACAAAUGCACUUUAUCACGAAAUCACACGCAGAUAUGGGCAGCCAAGAAUUUAUUUUUCUGUUUAUAACCACUAUCUUGUCCCUUGCGCAAGUAAUUGCAGCAAACCUGGAAAGUAGAUGUCCUUUUGCGUUAUAUCAGGAAUAUAAUACAAGUCCUGGAACAUAUGUGACAUCAUCGGCUGCAACUGCUUUUGCCGAGUUGGAAGAAAGGAACCUCAUGAGAUUUAAUAAGAAUAAUGGGGUCAGCCGUUUAGUCAAUAGUUUUGUCCCCGGUUCAAAUGGCAUUAUAUUCAGCUCUGAAAAAUCGGAAAAGUUUCAAUGUACUUCUCCGCCUUCGAAUUGUGGGAGUGAUUCGACAAAUUUUUACUACAGAACAUUUGAUGGCACCUGCAACAACUUUCAAAAUCCUGAUUAUGGAAUGGCUAAAUCCAG